AUGAGUAUAUUGUUUAUUUGUUUUUUAUUUGGUAUUGUAAUGUCUGAAUCAAUAGUCAUUACUAUAAUAAAAAGUACUGAAGGAAAUGAUAUCGUAUUUAAAACUAUUGACUUUGGCAAAUGUUACUAUACAGGAUCAGUAACUUCAGAUUAUUAUAUUCAUAAUGGUAAUAAUAUUACAAUUUCACAUUAUACUAAAUCAUCAACAUGUACUGGAGAUAAAGAAGAGAAUACAGUUGAUAUUAAUAGUGAAGAGUUUAAAAAGUUUUGUUUUAACAGAGAUAUAUGUACUAUUGAAAUUAAAGAAAUACCAGAUUAUGUUGGAUAUCUUACUGAUGGUAUUGAUGACGAUAUGUGUACACACAAAAAUAAUAUGUAUCUGACUUAUGUAAUAGGCACAUGUGGUAAAUGUAAUGAAAAUGAUGAAGCUUAUUGUAUGUACAAGAAAUGUGGGGUAUGUGAAAAUGGAACUACAUAUAAAUGCGGAAAUAAGACUACGAAUCAAGAAAAUAGUUCUGAUGAUCGUUCUGAUGAAAAAUCAAAUGACUAUUCAGAAGGAUCUAAUAAUAAAGAAAGUAGUUCAAAUAAUAAUGGUCAAUCAGAGGAUACUUCAAACAGUAAUUCAGAAGAAUCUAAGAAUAAAGAAGAUGAUUCUAAGAGUCAAUCCGAUGAAAAGUCGAUGAACCACUCUGAAGAUGGAUCAAAGGGACACUCAGAAGAUAGUUCUAGUGCUCAUUCAGAUGGAAAUUCUAAAACUCAUUCAGAAGAUGAUUCAAAAGAUAGCAUAGAUAGUGCACCAUUCCCUAUUCUCUCCCUUAUUGGAAUAGUGGUUAUAUUAAUUAUUUAA